AUGCCUGACGUGAAGCCUCCCCCACCAUGUGACUACCCUUCCACCUCCUCCACCGCAGCCUCCCUCGCCUCCCCCUUCGACCUCCUCAUAGACAUGGAGCCCUGCAUCGCCAACCUCCCCCUCUCCCCCGACCCCCUGUCGUCCUUCCCCCGACACAGACCCGGCGUCCCUCUCUACCCGGGCCUGCCUCCCUACCCGCUCAUGGCCAGGUGCAACAGCAGCACCCUGCUCACCAACCUGGGGCUGAGGUACUGCUCCGGCAGGCAGGGCCCCAUGGGGACAGGUCUGGGUCAGGGGCCGGCCCCGGGCUCCUGCAGCUACACCGGAGGCAACAGGCCUUACAGGAGUAUGGAGAACCUGAACUGGAACAAUGUGGCCGAUUCUGGGCUGUGUGCAUUCAGCGCCGCCCCCUACCGGAGCAUGGACAGUGAGUUUAUUUUACGCUACACCUCCACCAGCCACUGGUAUGAUGGGCCCCCAGAUGGAUCUGUGCUGGGGGCCCAUGGACUGGGACCAAACCAAGAGAGUCUGGCGUUUUACCCUCGACACGGGCUGCCCAGGAAGGACUUACCGCUCUUCCCUCAGCUGCUGUUUCCAGGGGGCGUCGACGAAUGGGAUGCCAGAAAAGGCCUGAGGGAGAAGCUCCGCCUCCAGAGUGCAAGAUCAUUGGUGGAGCCUAUGAAGCCCCUCCCGAUGCGACCUCAGAUGACCCCAGGGGCUUCACCCAUCCACCAGGAGGUGCAUUCAGCGUUUUCUGGGUGCAGUGCUCCGUGCACGAUGCGCAUCACCAGCCCCGAGGAGAUCAAGCAGGAGGUCCUGAGGCGCUUGCAGCUCCGCAGGCAGAACAGCAGCCCUAACCUGGCUCUCCACAGCUCCCCCUGCAGCCCGAAAGCUGUUAAGACGUCCUACACGACAGACAACAUUACAGGUGGUGUAUCAGAUUCAGAGCGUCGAAAACCUCCGGUGGGACGGCUGCACAUCCCCACGUUCGAGGAGUUUAAGAGGAUGAGGCAGAAGGAGAAGGAAGAGGCCACAGCGGGUUCUGUGGUUUCUGGAAACUUAGAACAAGAAGCUGGAGUUUCAGAGAGUAAAACACAGACUGAGUGGAGCCUCAGUGGAGGAAGCAGAGAGCAGGAGGUGGAGGGAGAGAAGAGACCUCCCUGUGGCAGCACUGCAGCUCCCAUCUCUACCUCCAGCACUUACUCUCCCAUCCGCACAGGCCCAUCUCCACGUUCACCCCUGCAGCCGCUGGCCAACUCCACCCAGGAGAGAGCCCCCACCGCAGGGGGAGAUGAUGGGGGCGGCAGGCGUCGGAGGAGCAGUCUGGAACCAGCGGGGUCGGUACCUUUCCCGCCCUGCAGGGAGAAUUUUGACCGGCCCUCCAGCUGCUGCCCGGCGCUCCUCCUGGAGGGGACGGACCUGUCCAGCUACGGAGCAAAGAUCUACAAGAUGAAGGACGGACUCAUCGGUUCCGCGCUGGACCUCAUCAAGAAGAGCUGCAGUGCAGAGAUCUCCGCCGAGGCCCCCCCCGUCAGGCUGUCAGGUGACCGGGACGGAGGCUGUGACAUCACCGCCCCCCCGUCCGACUGUCAUCCCUCUGCGGUUGCCAUGGCAACGUCGGCGACGGCCCGCGGAGCCGAGGCUGGCGACGAGACGCCUGCAGGAGGAGGAGGAGGAGGAGGAGGAGGAAGAGGAAGAGAGGAAGCAGGAGAAUGCCACGCCAGUCUGGGCUGCAGGCGCUCCAGCUCGGACGCAGCCUAUGAGCUGGCUGAGACGGUGAGGGCGCAGCGAGAGUGUCGUCUCCGGCCGCACUACAGCGAUCCCAUGCCAGCCGACGCCUCCAAGCGCAAACAGCUGGAGAUGAAGAUCGCUGCGGCCGCUCGACUCCACGGCCACCGGCGGGACAGAGACCGAGACAGGGACCGAGACAGUGCUCCAGCAGCACUCCGGGGUCGCUCGGAGCCCCCCGGUGAGGAGCGGCAGGUGGGUCUGGGUGUGACCCGGUCGGGGCAGCACCGCUGGAGCACCAUCAGCAGCCUGAGUGUGGACAGCGGGGUGGUGGGCCUCAGCGAUGAGCGGGAGGAGGAAGACAGUGAGCCACGUCGGUACCGUCGGACACGGGGGGCCGAGGUGGAGCGGGUGGACAGCGGCAUCGGCCCCGGGCUGUCCCGCACCUGGAAGAGACCCUCGGCCUCCCUCAGAGCCUGGGAGGCCCAGAGACCCUGCCCCGACUGCGGGCUGAGGGAAGGGCCCUCCAAAGAGCGAGGGGAGCGCAUGUGUGAGCGCUGCUCCAAGCUGCGCACCGAGAGGAAGGAAGCCAUCCUGGAGUUCCUGAACACGGAGUCGAGCUACGGCGAGGACCUGCGCAUCAUCAAGGAGGAGUUCUACGGCCCCAUGCAGAGCGCCGCGCUGCUGACCGCCGAGCAGCUGACCGUGGUGUUCAGCAACGUGCAGGAGCUCAUCGACGUCAACGACCGCUUCACCGAACACCUGCAGGACAGCAUUGACCAGGCCUUCGACCAGGGAGAUGAAGAUCUGCUCACGGUGAACAUAGGAGAGAUCUUCCUGGAGUUCGUCAACAUGCUGCCCGCCUUCCAGACGUACUGCCUGCAGCAGCCCACCUCCGUCAACCUGCUCAACACACUGGAGAAGGAGAAAGAGCUGCUCAGGAUCUUCCUGGAUGUUUCCCAGAACGACAACACAGCACUGCGUCGGAUGAACCUGCGCUCCUUCCUGAUGGCGCCCCUGCAACGCGUGACCAAAUACCCGCUGCUCCUGAGCCGCAUCAUCAAGGUCACUCCCGAGUGCUACCCCGACUACUCCCGUCUCCGUGAGGCCAAGAGUCGGGUGGAGUCCCACCUGGAGCACAUCAACAUGAAGACCAAGCAGGAGGGCAACGGCGUCACCUGGUCCCUGCGCUCGUUCCGCCGCGACAGCCGUAAGAACCGCGAGGUCAUCAACAUCGAGAUGCGGGAGGUGUCCAUGAAGACGGUGGGCUGGGCGAGAGAAAACACCCGGUUCGUCAUGGAGGGGCCGCUGCAGCUGUCCCAGCCAGCGGACGGUCAGUGGGUGAAGAAGGGCAGCAAGGCGCUCAAGUUUCAAAACAUCCAGAGUCUGCUGAUGGUGAGGAUACAGCGGGCCGGGGAAGCCCCAGUACCGGGCAGUGACUCUGGGGUUCGAGGGGAUCAGGUGGAGGGUGGGGGUGACUGUAUUCGAGAUGGAGUGCUGGUUAUAAUCAAGGAUAAAAGCAGCGGGAAGUUCACAGUGCUGAGAGAGCCGAUCCGUCUGGGGAACUGCGUGGUGUCCACAGACCCGGACUGCGAGGACACGUUCGAGGUGCUCGAUAUUCGGCGGGAAUCUUUCGUUUUUCGCGCCUCGGACAAAUCCCGCACGCAGCAGUGGUUCCACCAGAUUAAGAGGUACACGCGAGAUCUGGGCACGUGGAGGAAAAGACGCAACGCUCUGCCCAACAUCAUGAUCAACACGAACCAGACGCGCUCCUGAGAAUAACUAUGCUACUCUGUAAAUAACCCUUCUUACUGCAAACGAGAAGCAUUUCUGAGUGUUACAACAUGUUAGAUUUCAGUUAAAAAAAGAUCUCAAACUCACCGAAGAGCACUUUUUACUUACAACGCUACAAGUGCGCCAUACUGUCAAAAAAUGAAGAUUUCAGAGAGGAUUCUUGGACUACCAAAAAAAAACUUGGGCUGUGCGUGUCAGCCUUGAUUGUAAAGACUGUUUAGCUCCUGGAGAAACGAGCGCUGUGUUUUCAUUAAAAAAAAAACAAGGUGUGUCUGUUCAAAAGCAUGACUGAAAAUGGCUGAAAAGAAAAAGUGUAAUAUAAUUUCCUUUUUUAUACAAGGCGUAAAAUGGGGGGGGGGGUUGUUUUUGGUAAUGUGGAGCUGGAGCUUUGUUCAGUGGUUUCUGUUUGUGGUCACUGCCCUCUCCUGUCUGUGUACUGCAACUGUCACUGCCAGAGAUGCAGCAGAGCAAAGCCUCCUGUGUGUUUAAUAAGAACUCAUAACAGCAAUAAUCUCUGCCAGUUAUACAAGAAGUAGCUACUGUACAUGCAUUUAAUUUCCCAUGAUCCCCUUCGUCAGAGUCUUAAAUAUGGUCAUGUAUGUUGGCGUCAUUAACUUCAUAAUCAGGAGUAAAGAUAACCUUAAAAGAAAGCCGUUUUAAAGGCAGACUAAUCAAUCUCCUUUAACAGUUUCCUGUUAGCAUCAUGUCACAAAGUCAAACACUACAGUUUCCUUCACUGUGGGUCGAGUGCAGAGAUUUUCAACCUGGCUUUCAUGGGAUAUUGAUAUGAUGUAUAAGGCUUGCAAAACAACAGUAUUUAUUUGCAUUUUGUUUUAAUUGGAUAAAUUGGUAGAAAUGUCAGAAAAAAUACUGAAAAAUUCCCAGAGCUUCAAAACAGUUUGGUAUUUUUUAGUUUUGUUUUAAAAGAUUUGUUUUAAUUACAUUUACAAUUAUAAUAAAAAUGGGGGAAAGGGUUUGAGGCAUAUUUUAGGUAAAUUAGUGAUCAAAAUUGUUGAUUUUGUGUCAAUAAACAAACCUAGCACUGAACGUUUAUUUAGAAAUAGUAAUAAAUAGGUUUGAAAUGUGUCACUAUUUCUCCCUCUUCCCAUAAAGCCAAAAUAUGCUUUUUCAAAUUGGCAUAGCAAUUAAUAUCCCUACCACUCAUGAUGGCAUUUUAAGGUUGAAAAACUCUUACCUUGACUUAAAAUAUACUCAACCAUCUCGUUCCAGCACGGUUUUAACUGUGUGAUUUUGUGACCUAGCGAUGAGCUGUUGUGCCUUGGUACUUAUUACUGUUAUUCUAAAAAACGUACUGAAUAUUUGCAGCCUGUCACAGUAGCAUUUACCUCCGACCUGCGAACCACACUCCCUCUGUCGGCACUUCACUUCACAGGCAAUAUAAUUACUCCUGACAGUCCCUGGCUGCUGAUCCUCUCUUAUUUUACUCUUAUUUUAUUUAUUUAUGAAGGCUUUAUUUUUGUUUAAUGCACUUUAUUAUAAUUCAGUACUUACGCAUUUGUGUUUAUUCUUAGUCUUUCUAUAAGGGAUUUAUUCGCUGAUUUCAGACAGCAGUCAUCAAACCAAAACCACUUUUUAAGACUGAAAUGGUUUUCUGUUAUUGAUGAAGUAGCACUACUACAAGAGGUAGCGAAUCACUGUGUUUCGGAGGGCAGGGAGCUCAACUCAAAUUAACCUUCUUUUUCUAAAAUGUAAAACAGAAACCAAGCCUGCAUUCGGUUACGUUUGUUUUCCUCAUUUAAAAAGACCUGAUGUAUUAUUUCCCCAAUGUAAUAUAUUGUGAGAUAUAUUAAAAGAUUUUA